UCCCGUUGAUAUUAAGUGGAGUUUCUAAGUCAAGUGAGGGAGCGAGCAGAGUAAAAGAUCUUGGGAGGCGGAGAGGGGACUCCACGGAGACGCCCCGCACGCCGGAGCCGGAGACGAAGCCGGAGGCGGAGGCGCUUCCACUCCCUACCAGUUCGAAUCAACCGCACCCCCACCGCCGCCGCCGCAGCAGCAGCAGGAGGCGGUGCUUCUUCCGGAUCGCCAUUCGAUCCCCUCCUCGUCGGCGCCGCACUCGGCCUCGUCUCUGCGGUUCCUCCCUCUCGGUCUCGGUCGUGCUUAGGACUAUAUCCCUCACAAUUGUUGGUUAGUAGUCCUCCUCGGGGUUUUAUGCAUGACAGCCCCAGUGGCCCUUCCAAAUGACUUAGAAGGGAUCUCCCGUUCUCAAAGAGUUGAGCUAUUCCGAGACACUAGUUGCAAUAUUGAAAAGGAGGUGUUGUCUAGUUUAGCAAAUGGCCAAGAUUCUCAUGCUUCUGGAACAAACCCUGGCUUCAGAGUCGGAGAGCUUAGGCUCUCCAACGGGGAUAUUUAUUCCGGCACGUUAUUGGGGAGCACACCAGAGGGUUCGGGGAGGUAUGUCUGGUCAGAUGGUUGCACAUACGAUGGUGAGUGGAGGAGAGGGAUGAGGCAUGGACAAGGAAAGACAAUGUGGCCAUCUGGAGCCACCUAUGAGGGUGAGUACUCUGGUGGCUACAUUUAUGGUGAAGGCACAUAUACUGGAGCAGACAGCAUCAUCUACAAGGGAAGGUGGAAGUUGAAUCGUAAGCAUGGACUUGGAUUUCAGACAUAUCCUAAUGGAGACACGUUUGAAGGUUCUUGGAUUCAGGGAGAAAUAGAAGGACAUGGCAAAUAUACAUGGGUGAAUGGAAACACUUAUAUUGGCAAUAUGAAGAAUGGCAGGAUGUCUGGGAAGGGAACUCUUACUUGGAAAAAUGGGGAUUCAUAUGAAGGAAACUGGUUCGACGGCGUGAUGCACGGAUAUGGAAUCUAUACAUGGAAGGAAUGUGGCUAUUAUGUCGGUACUUGGACUAAGGGACUGAAGGAUGGGAAAGGCACAUUCUAUCCAAAAGGUUGCAGAGUUCCUGUUAGUGAUGAGCUAUAUAUCAAUAAUCUGAGAAACCGAGGUGUACUGCCUGACCUUAGAAGGCAGAAUCAUGGCUCACGUAUAGUUCACUCUUCUUCGGUUGAUAUGGGGAACAUGAAGGUUGGCUUAACUCGAGAAUCUUCAGGUGCUUCAUCUAGAAGGAACUCAAUGGAGCAACCUCAUUUGAAAAAUGUAUCCUUGGAAAGACGAUGGAGUCUUGAGGUGGCUAUUGAAAAAUUCAUUGGCCAUGAUGCAAGUGGAAGCUCUGGUCUAGAACGAUGUGAGAGCAUUAAUGAUUCUGAUCUGCCUAUGCUGGAAAGGGAAUACAUGCAAGGUGUUCUAAUCAGUGAGGUAGUACUUGACAGGAGUUUCUCAGACUCAUCCAAGAAGGCAAAACGGCGCCAGAAGAAAAUGGUAAGGGAGACAAAAAGGCCUGGAGAGACAAUAAUUAAGGGUCACCGAAGCUAUGAUCUAAUGCUCAGUCUGCAGCUUGGAAUCAGGUACACAGUAGGAAAGAUUACACCCAUUCAAAAACGUGAAGUCCGUGCUUCAGAUUUUGGUCCACGGGCAAGUUUCUGGAUGACAUUCCCAAAAGAAGGAUCACGACUUACUCCUUCACAUUCUGCAGAAGACUUCAAAUGGAAGGAUUAUUGUCCCAUGGUUUUCAGAAAUUUGAGGGAGAUGUUCAAGAUUGAUGCUGCAGAUUAUAUGAUCUCCAUAUGUGGAAAUUCUGCACUUAGGGAGCUAUCUUCUCCUGGAAAGAGUGGAAGUGUCUUUUUCCUAUCACAAGAUGAUCGAUUCAUGAUUAAGACUCUUCGGAAAUCUGAAGUUCAGGUUCUUUUACGAAUGCUUCCAAACUAUUACCAUCAUGUCCGCACUUAUGAAAACACCCUCAUAACUAAGUUUUUUGGCCUCCACAGGGUGAAACCUUCUAGUGGUCAAAAGUUCCGCUUUGUUGUAAUGGGAAAUAUGUUUUGCACGGAAUUGAGGAUUCAUCGAAGAUUUGAUUUGAAAGGUUCAUCCUUAGGCCGUUCUACUGACAAAAUCGAAAUUGAUGAGAACACAACCCUGAAGGAUUUGGAUCUUAACUAUUCAUUUUAUCUUGAGCCUUCCUGGCGUGAGGCUUUACUUAAGCAGAUUGAAACUGAUAGCGAAUUUCUAAGGACACAGCGGAUAAUGGAUUACAGCCUAUUGCUUGGUGUCCACUAUAGAGCUCCUCAGCACCUUCGGACUCGUGCAUCUUAUCAUCGAAGCAUGGCAGCAGAUAGAUUGACUGUUCUUUCAGAAGAAGAUGCUCAGGAGGAUGAUGCCUUUAACUAUCCAGAAGGUCUAGUGUUGGUUCAAAGAGGUAGUGGUGAAAACAGUGUGGUUGUUGGCCCUCACAUAAGAGGCAGCCGGUUACGGUCAUCAGCUGCGGGGUUUGGGGAAGUAGAUCUCCUACUUCCUGGUACAGCCAGGCUGCAGAUCCAGCUAGGGGUUAACAUGCCUGCAAGGGCAGAGCAGAACCCAAAAGAAGAGGAAAGCAAAUCGUUUCGUGAGGUGUACGACGUGGUCCUUUACCUGGGCAUCAUAGACAUACUGCAGGACUACAACAUGACAAAGAAGAUAGAGCAUGCCGUCAAGUCGAUGCAGUAUGACUCUGUCUCCAUCUCUGCCGUGGACCCCCACUUCUACUCGGAGCGUUUCCUCAAGUUCAUCCAGACUGUCUUCCCUGCAAAUUCAUAGUUGCCCAGCAGCAGCGGCCAUGCCGAUCAUUUCAACAAAUCGAUUCUUCCAGCCUUUAUAUUAUGACACGAAAUUCAUUCAUAGUGCCUCAGCAGCAGGUACAAAAUAUUUUUUUUGCCGAGCAGCAUCCUGGUUGAAUCGAUCUGGCACUGCAAGCGGAUGGCAGAGGAAAAAGCGCAGCGGCAUCGUAUUCGUUCUUUCUUCCGGCGUCCAAACUGAAAUGUGCGAAAGGGAGUUACAUCUGAGUGGAUGGAUGCGUUGCUCUCGAUGAAAGGAAGGAAGGCACAUGUCGAGGGCAAUGCACUGUCGGCGCCACCACUCCUGCCAUGUGCUUGUUUUGUUCAAAAGCGCAGCGCCUGCCAGAAAUAGAUGCAUCUUCUUUUUUUAGCAACUGUACUUUUGUUUUGAGAUCAUACUGCUAGUUGUAUAGGAGACCACGUGAAUUGCCAAACGCCCACGCUAGUCUUCUUAAUACCGUAUUAUGAAAGAGAUUCACGUCCCCUCUGUCAUAAUGUUUUAUUCGAUGAAGAUUAAAGAAAUAACACUGCCCAACGUCAU